GCCGACUCCAUCAUUCAUAUUGGUGCAAUCUUUGAGGAGAAUGCAGUCCGGGACGAUGAAGUGUUCCAGCUGGCUGUGUCAGACCUCAGUUUGAGUGAUGAUGUCCUACAAAGUGAGAAGAUCACACACUCUAUCAAACUUAUCGAACCCAACAAUCCUUUCCAAGCAGUUCAAGAAGCAUGCGAGCUGAUGAACCAGGGAAUCCUAGCGCUCGUGACGUCGACCGGCUGUGCUUCAGCCAGCGCGCUGCAGUCGCUGACCGACGCCAUGCACAUCCCGCACUUGUACAUCCAGAGGAACGGUGGAGGCUCGCCUAGGACCGCCUGCCAGCUCAACCCCAGCCCCGGCGGUCGCGGGUACACAUUAGCUGCCCGUCCGCCUGUGCGCCUCAAUGACGUCAUGUUGACACUGGUUGAAGAGUUGCGCUGGCAGAAGUUCAUCGUAUUCUACGACAUUGAGUAUGACAUGCGGGGCCUUCAGGGCUUUCUGGACAGGUCAUGUCGAGAAGGUCUGGAUGUUUCUCUACAACGUGUGGACAAGAACAUCAGCCAGGUGUUCAGCGAUCUGUUCACUUCCAUGCGGACGGAGGAGCUCAACCGAUACCGGGACACGCUGCGCCGAGCCAUCCUGCUGCUCAGCCCGCACGCCGCGCACACCUUCAUACAGCAGGCGGUCGAAACCAAUCUGGCCUCCAAGGACAGUCACUGGGUGUUUGUUAACGAGGAAAUCAGCGACACGGAGAUUCUGGAGCUUACCCACAGCGCCUUGGGGCGCAUGACGGUCGUUCGGCAGAUUUUCCCACUGUGGAAGGACAGCGGCGCACGAUGUGUGAGACACAAUCACCGGAUUUCUUCGCUGCUGUGCGACCCGCAGGAAGGAUACCUGCACAACCUGGAGGUAUCGAACCUGUAUCUGUACGACAGUGUGCUGAUGCUGGCCAAUGCCUUCUACAGGAAGUUGGAGGACAGGAAGUGGCACAGCAUGGCCAGUCUCAACUGUAUCAGGAAGUCUACCAAGCCCUGGAAUGGAGGCUGGUCCAUGCUGGAGACCAUCCAGAAGGGCAACAUCACGGGACUAACGGGCCUCAUGGAUUUCAAAGAUGGUGGUGCCAACUCUCACGUCCACUUCGAGAUUCUCGGGUCCAGUUUCAGCGAGACUUUUGGCAAGGACGUCAAAAGGUUGGCCACGUGGGACGCGGUGCACGGCCUGAACGGGAGCCUGAAGGAGAGUCGCAUCGAGAGCGGCAUGCAAGGAGUCACCGUCAAAGUGGUCACAUUGCUGGAGGACCCCUUCGUCAUGGUAGCUGAAAAUAUACUGGGCCAGCCCAAAAGGUACAAAGGCUUCUCCAUUGAUGUGCUGGAGGCCCUUGCCAAGAUCCUGGGCUUCAAAUAUGACAUCUACCAGGUGUCCGACAGCAAAUAUGGAUCGCAGCUUCCCAACGGCUCCUGGAACGGGAUGAUCGGUGACCUCAUCAACAAGAAAGCCGACCUUGCUGUGUCUGCUAUCACCAUCACGCCGGAACGCGAGAACGUAGUGGACUUCAGCAAGCGUUACCUGGAUUACAGUGUGGGAAUACUGCUGAGGAAGCCGGAAGAGAAGAUCAACAUCUUUUCGCUCUUUGUGCCUUUCGACUUGGCUGUGUGGGCCUGCAUUGCCGCCGCUAUCCCAGUGGUGGGCGUCCUCAUCUUUCUGCUCAACCGGCUGCAGGCGCUGCGCUCGUCGGCUGCGCAGAACGCACCGCCGGGCCAGCCCAACAACAAUGGUUCCGGUUCCCUACAAACCGCCAUUUGGAUUGUCUACGGAGCUUUUGUACAGCAAGGUGGUGACGGAGUGGUAAGCUCAGUGGCCCUGAGGAUCGUCAUGGGCAGCUGGUGGCUCUUCACACUCAUCGUGUGCUCGUCAUACACGGCCAACCUGGCAGCGUACCUCACCGUGUCCCGUAUGGACCACGCCAUAAGGUCCUUUCAGGACCUGUCCCGGCAGAUGGACGUGGAUUACGGCACAGUGAGAGACUCUGCCGUGUACGACUACUUCAGGAACAAAGGCACAAAUCCUCUGGAGCAGGACGGCACGUACGCAGAGCUGUGGAGGACCGUCAGCAAGAACAGCGGCUUGGACUACUCCGUGUCCAGCCCCUCGGAGGGGAUACGCAAGGCUAAGAAGAGUCCGUACGCCUUUCUGUGGGACAUGGCGGUUCUGGAGUACGCGGCGCUUACGGACGACGACUGCACCAUCACCGUGUCCGGCAGCGGCGUCAGCAGCAAAGGUUACGGCAUCGCCAUGCAGCACGGGAGCCCCUACAGGGACCUCUUCUCGCAAAAGAUUCUGGAGCUUCAGGAGAAGGGCGACCUGGACAUCCUGAAGCAGAAGUGGUGGCCGCGCACGGGCCGCUGCGACCUCAGCAGCCACGCAAGCGCGCACCCGGAUGGUCGCUCGCUAAAGCUGCACAGCUUCGCCGGCGUCUUCUGCAUCCUGGCUGCCGGGCUGCUGCUUGCCUGCCUGGUGGCAGGGCUGGAAGCCUGGUGGAGCAGCAACCGGUGCCGGCGCGAGACGCCCAAAGAGGACAAGGAGGUGAACCUGGAGCAGGUGCAUCGGCGUAUGAACAGUCUUUUGGACGAGGACUUGGUCCACAAGCAGAUCCCCGGCCCCUCUAUCGAGAUCUCUGCGCUGGACAUCGGCAGCAUGCAGCCCACCCAGGCGGGUCUGAUGGCCCCGGGCCUCGCUGUGACCACCUUCCUGCCCAGGGAGGGGGCGGCGCCACCGCCGCCUCAUCUGAGCCACCCGCACCUUGGGGGGACCCUAGGCAGGACGCUGCCGCCGCCACAGCUCUCUGGCAGCACCACGCUGCCACCCCACCUCGCGGGCACCAUGCAGUGCAAGCACAGGGCACCCAACGGGGGGCUCUUCCGGCAGAGCCCUGGCAAGGUGCCUCUCUACCAGGCAGGACCCUUAACCGCAGCCAUUGACGCCACCCACAGCACCUCCAUUUAG